AUGGCAAACAAGUUUGCCCUGCCUGGGGUGUCAGAGGACUGCUUAUACCUCAACGUGUACACUCCUACUUACCGCUGCACUGGACAAAAGCUGCCAGUCAUGGUGUGGAUGCAUGGAGGUGCUCUGUAUUUGGGAGGAGCUGCCCAGUUUGAUGGCUCUGUGCUGGCAGCUUAUCAAGAUGUUGUCGUGGUGAUCAUUCAGUAUCGCCUUGGGAUUUUGGGCUUCUUUAGCACUGGGGACUCAAAUGCUCAGGGCAACUGGGGCUUCCUGGACCAGAUAGCUGCUCUCCAGUGGGUGCAGGAGAACAUCGAGAGCUUUGGAGGAGACCCCAACUCUGUUACCAUCGCUGGACAGUCAGCUGGAGGCAUCAGUGCAGCUAUGCUACUCCUGUCUCCCCUGGCAAAAGGAUUGUUCCACAGAGCGAUCAUUCAGAGUGGAGGAUCAACAUUGGAGAGUUUCUCUACCAGAACCCCCAUGGUUUUUGCUGAGCCCGUGGAGGCCACAGAGCUUGUGGUGGAUGAAUACUUUAAGGACGCACACACACCACAGGAGAUGCGAGAUCAAUUCACUGAAAUAGUGGGGGACUACUGGAUGGUGGUUCCAGUGAUUAAAGAGGCUAGAUAUUACCAGGAUGCGGGGGCAUCAGUGUACAUGUAUGAGUUUCAGCACCGGCCCGAGGCCUACAAGUACACCAGACCCAGCUUUGUGAGGGCCGACCACUCGGACGAGAUCAUGUUCAUCUUUGGCGCUUGCUUCUGGCAUGGACACAUCAAAGUCACAGUUCGUCACUGA